AUGUCUUCUCUCGUCUCCGAAUUCAUCAUUAACCCCGUCCUACGCCAAGCUCGCCGCUUUUCUGAGAUAUCACGCACGACCGUGACUGGCGAGGAACAUGAAGCGGCCCCUGCGUCGGAUACCGAUGCAGUAAACGACUCCGGCACUACCGGGACCGUCGUACAUGAAGCACCUGGGCAACUCGGGACUGCCGGCGAGGAAACCAUGGCGAGGCGUCCAGAAACACCCCGAUCACGGGUUGUGAGCACAUCAACACAGGAAACCAGAGUGGGGGACGUCUUUGAAUCUCCUCCGACAAGCGACAAUACCACUCACGACCACUUAGGGUUUACUCUGACCCCGAGAAAGGGUCGCGCGAUUCCGGAGGACGAUGGAAUGCAGGAGUUGAGGAAACGCAUCCAGGCGAUAAAUGCUGGAAACUCGCCGCCAGCUGAGAAAGCCAGGCGUAUGCACGAACUCCUCCUGGAAGGCUAUCAUGCUUCGCAAGUGGCCAACUGCACAAAACCAACAGCUCCUUCGGAAGAAGAAUUGGGUCAUGAAUGGGAAUCUUCAGCCUCCCCAGGUCCUUUGGAGUCUCUCAAGUCAUGGUAUAACCAGGCCACAGAUCAACUCUCAACUGCGGACAAGUUUGUCAUCAGCAACAGCGAUAUUGCCCCGACUUUUGCGCCGAUACGUUCACGUAAGGGCUCGGAUGUAGAGCUGCAGGGGCAGGGUCUCACGACGCCACCAGAGUCCCAGCCGCCGUUGGGCUGUCAACACUAUGAACGAAACGUCAAGUUGCAGUGCUUUACUUGCAAGAGGUGGUAUACUUGUCGAUUUUGCCACGAUGCUGCGGAAGACCACAGCCUAGUUCGGAGGGAAACGAGAAACAUGCUUUGUAUGCUUUGCGGAACACCGCAAAAGGCCUCUGAAGUGUGUAUCAGCUGUGGCAAAAUCUCGGCUCACUACUACUGCAAUAUUUGCAAACUGUGGGAGAAUCGAAAGAGGAAACCAAUAUAUCACUGUAACGACUGUGGUAUCUGCCGCCGAGGACUUGGCUUGGGAAAGGACUUUUUUCACUGCAAGACUUGCCGUGCGUGCAUAACCACGUCCAUCCAGAGCUCCCACAAGUGUAUCGAGAGGUCCACGGAUUGCGACUGCCCAAUCUGCGGAGAGUACAUGUUCACGUCACCCAAGCCUGUGGUGUUUAUGCCAUGUGGACAUAGCAUACAUAAGAAGUGCUAUGACCAACACAUGAAAGUCUCGUACAAGUGUCCAAUCUGCAAUAAGAGCCUGGCCAACAUGGAGACUCACUUUCGCAACCUGGAUGUCGCUAUUGCAAAUCAGCCCAUGCCCCCGGAAUUUCGAGAUACCAAAGCAACUGUCCUCUGCAAUGAUUGCUCUGGAAAAUGCGUUGUUCCCUACCACUGGCUUGGCCUGAAAUGCUCGAUAUGCCAAUCAUACAACACUGUGGAGUUGCAGAUGCACGGGCAGAGCAGCCAAGAGCUUCAGACCGCCACAGAGAGGACGGAGGCGGCAGUAAGCGCGCAGACCUCAGCCGCUGUUCAACGUCAGGCCAUGACUCCUCCGGCAACGUCAUCUCGAGCUGGUGCUUGGAUUCCAAACAGGAGACGACACUCCUCACACGGAACUGAGCUUCAGCACCGUGCUUCAGAUAGGUUCGCGCGAUCAUUCUCCCCUCUUGAGUCGGGCACCGAUUCCUACCUUCCUCAAAUUGCCGCUGAUAUCGACUCCGACGACGAUAUCUUGGGACUCUGGAGAGGGAGUAGGAGCCAAGAAGAUCAAGUUGGGGAUGAAGAUGAGGGCGAGUUUGGCCAAGGAAAUUCUGAUUCCGAUCAGGAUAGUGAAGGCAUCAUGAGUGCAGAUGAGGAUGACGACGACGACGACGACGACGACGAUGACGACAUUCUUCUCAUUGGACACAGGUGA